GGCGAGGCCAGGUCGUGCGCGUAAGCUCACCUCGCGCGGCCGUGGGCGAUAUCCCGCGCUCCGGGGGCGGGAGCAAGCCCGGGCUGAAUCCUCUCUAGUCCCGCGCCGGCCGCCGCUCCGAACGCCGCCUCUAGCCUCCGCACUCCGCGGACCACAACUUUCCCGUACUUUUCCACGCACGCUAGUGAUGUGAACCGAACGUAUCGCCGUAAUGCACCGUAUUGUUUGUGACGCUCCCGUGUUGUGAAUGAGUGACAACCUUUAUGUGCCGCCUUUAUUACUGUUCGGGAAUUUUAUUGGCGAAUAAAUACGUUUAAUAUGUCGGAGGCAGCUGUGCCAUCGGAUAAUCAUCUCUAAACAAAGCCACAAAGGAUGGUGACAAGCGAACGGACGCUUUAAGAUGUGUGCGUGAAUGUGUUUAUUGGAACGACAAUUUUCGGGAACAUUAAAAUUGUGAAAAGUAUGCCAAAAACAAAAACUUGUGGUGUUGAAGGAAAGUGUGUUCAGUGAACGUUGUUUUACGUUGUAUGGUGUAAAGUAUGCAAUAGUUGGGUUGGAUAAAGCGGGUGGAGGGAUGCGGAGAGGCGGCGUGUGACGGCGCGGCGCGCGGCCAGCUAGCGGCACCGCGGCGGAUGCGGCGAGCCAGCGUGUACAGCGUGAGCGAGGGCCUGGAGCGGUGCGCCUGUGCUAGACUUACUGCGCUAGUAACUAUUCAAGUGUAUAGGCGUCCUAAGGGCUCCUUAGCUGAGGUAGCGCGGGCGCGGGUGCGGGUGCGGGUGCGGGUACCAUGGCCGGCUGAUGGAGCCGGGCUGGUGGUCGCCCUCGCCGUCGGCCUCGCCGCCGCCGCCGCCCCGCGCCCCGCCGCCGCGCUGCCGUUGCCGACAACCCUUCUCUACCAGCUACACCUGCUUGCCGCACUAUGGUUAACAAUUGGUAACACGCUCGCUAACCUCCGGCCAUUUGUAUCGACUUCACGUAAACCGAAAUUGUUAAGAGAUGGAUGGCCAGAUGGCGAGGAAGAGUCAUCAGGAGGUGCCUUACGUGAGCGGGAGUUACGUUCCCUGCACCGCACCGUACCUGCACUGCGCCGCCGAGAGCUUGAUACCCGCGCCAUCAAACAUCACUUCUACCCAGAGGGGGGAUGGGGAUGGAUUGUGUGCGGAGCCGCUUUCCUGGCCCAUCUCCUGUCUACAGGGUUGCAGCUAGCCUACGGAGCGCUUCAUGUAUAUGCCUUGAGACAUCUUGGACCCUCUGCCGACCACGCUGUUUGGGCUGGUGCACUAUGCGUGGGAGUAUCUCGAGCUGCAGGUGCAUUUGCAGCAGGUCGUAGAAGAUCUCCUCGCCUGGUGGCACUCCUCGGCGGCCUGUUACUGCCUCUCGCUUGCCUCUUCACUUCAUUCGCCACGCAGCUCCAUCAGACCUUACUCAGUUACGGUGUUGUGCUGGGCGUGGGAUGCGGAUUCGUUCGUGAAUCUGCUGGACUGGUCCUUGGUGCCUACUUCAGAGACGAAGACAGUUUGAAAUUAGGUUGGCGUCUGGGCUUACAAGCAGUCACCGGCGUGCUCGUCCUCGCCUUCUUCCUAAGUGCUGUAUACCGCAGCGCGUCGCUUUAUCACCCCCAACGACGCGCCAUCCUUCACCUCAAAAACCAAAGACGAAAGGUAAAAGAAAAGAAAGGCCUAAAGAGAGGACCAAUCUUCGAUUUAAGCCCUCUCCACUCUCGACCGGCAAAAGUUUUGUUGCUGGCGGCCGGGAUAGCUGCUUUUGGACUUUAUACUCCCGUCUUUUUUCUGGCUUUGCAAGGCUUUCAAGAAGGUUUAGAAGAGAGUGCUCUAGUGUUGUUACAAACGUUCCUGGGGUUCGCUGCGGUGCUCGGUUGUGCUGGCUUUGGGCUCGUGCUAGUGCGACCGUCAGCGCAGUGCCUCGUUUCGAAGCAAUAUCUUUGUCAAACAGCAAUGGUUGGGAUAGGUAUUUCAAUGCUCGCCCUAAGCAGCGUGGAAGGCUAUCACGGAUACGUGCUGUUUGCUUGGAUGUAUGGACUUUGUUUAGGAGGAUAUUUAUAUUCUAUGAAGAUGCUCACAAUGGAACGUGUUCGGGGUCGGCAUUUUACAAGAGUUUGGGGUUUCGUGCAAGGUGCUGAAGCUAUCCCUGUCAUGGUUGGUGUACCAGUAACUGCGAGAACCGGAGCCACCGCCGCCGGCUCCCGCGCCUACACUGGUGGAGUCGUGUCCAUGUGUGACACCGCCACCUCGCUGCGAACCUGCUUGGUGCGCUUGCAGCGCUGGUGGGGCGACGGCGUACUGUGCAUGGCCGGGGCCUACGUGUGGCUCGCGGCUGCCAAAGUCGCUGUCGUACGCGGCGCCGCUGGACCGCGCGUGUUGCUCGGCAGCGCAGUGUCCGGACUGCUACAGGCGCGCGCCGCCGCUGCGUCCGUCGCGCUCUGUGCCUGA